AGGGAGAGAGACCAGGGUAGGCUGAAUAAGCUGUUUGUUUGUCCCUCUGUUGUCCACCGUGGGCUUGCCUUGUGCCUGGCGUCCAGGGUGAUUUCCCUUCACAACGACCACUGCCGCUCUUGCGUUAGUAUUUUCACUGCUGUGAGAGUAGCAUUCAAGGGUGUACUGUGUUUAAUUGCUUGCUCCUCAACGGGCCUCAUUAUGCAGGGAAUGGGAAAGACCGAGCGAGGAGAGCAGGGCCGAGACAUCGACCUGACAUCGCUGAGAUCCACCAUGCCAGCCAGCGGGCCCCUUCAGGGUGGUUCAGCCUCCAACCUGAACAUGAACCUGUAUGCUACUAAGAAAACAGCAGCUGAAGGCAUGCUGGACAUCGCCUUGUUCCUGGCUAACAUUACACACAUGAAGACAGUCAUUGAACAGGGUGCAGGCUACAGGUAUUACGCCGCUGUUCUGACGCUCAUUUCCUUUUCCUUGGCUCUUCAGAUAGUGGCUGGAAUCCUGAUCAUCAUAAUCGCCCGCAGGGACCUUAACGUGGUGUCCAAUCAGAAACGACUCGACUACCUGAACAACGUUGCUACAGGCAUCAUCUUCGCCACCACAGUGAUUAACUUCUUCAUCAGCUUCUUCGGCUCCAAGAGGACCGGAUUCUUCCGCUGGCUGUUGGCUCGACUCCACUUUUGAGACACACAAAACUAUGAAAAUAUAUCCAAGUCAUGCACAGACCCACCAACAUGCUUUGCAGCAGUAUUUCAUCUGUGCAGUAGCAUGACACAUUGGCCUAAGACAAAGUUGGAAAACAAUCCCAUGUGUUCAAACAUUGCAUCUUAAUUCCUAUUCAGACACUUGUCAAAUUUCUCACACUGUAAUCGAACUAAAAUAUUUUUAACUUUAACCAGCUGUCAUUUAAACAUGCAUGGUUUUAUUUGCUCCAAUGACAUGCUUGUGCAAAUAUUGUACUUUUUUAUUGUAGAUGUCUCUACUUUUUCUGUGCAUUUUACAUGUAUUCUUCCCUUCUUUUAUGUGCCUAAUCGGUAAAAGUGUAAAGCUUGUUUUGAUUUUAAAUAUACAUCUUAUUUUAAAACAUCUUUGACA